CGGGACGAAUAUCGGGACCGGGUUUGCCAGCUUUGAAAAGGUUCACGCCCACGGCUACGUCGCCAUGACGUGCGGGCGGUAUGAAACCUCACGAUGAUCAGACGAACAGCAUCAAAGACGACGACGAAACAGCAGCACCCGAGGACACAUCGCUAACAACGACCUGCUCACCUCCCCAUCCACAAUCGAACAUUUUGCAGCAGCGGGUACACCCCCAAAAGCACGCAUCAUGACCACCGUCGCCGCCGCCGAUUCCAAAACCAUUGUCCUCAUCACCGGCGCCACCCGCGGCAUCGGCUUCGAAACCGCCAAACACCUCAGCACCUCCCCCGACCAAGAUUACCACAUCAUUCUCUGCGGCCGCCGCCCCUCCUCGGUCGAGUCCGCCAUCACCAUCCUGCGCUCCCUGCCCAACCUCCACGCCUCCACCACGUUUGAAUUUCUGAAUCUCGACCUAACCUCCGACACCUCCACCAUCUCCGCCGCCGCCGCCGCCGCCCACAUCGCCGCCAAACAUGGCCACCUCGACACCCUCGUCCACAGCGCCGCCAUCUCCUCUUCUUUUCUGCACACCAACGUCACCGACCCACGUGCGCCCGAGAGGGCAAGAGAGAACUGGCAUUCCAUCCUCGACACGAACCUCAUCGGCCCCGCGCUCCUGACCGACGCACUCCUCCCUUUACUAUCUGCGUCCCAAAAACCAGAAAGCAAAAUCAUCUUUGUCAGCUCCGGGCUGGGAUCCAUACCCUACACUUUCAACAACAACCAUGACGAGGCCGCCAACAGUCGCAGCAGUCUCGACUUGGAUAACGUCACGAGCAAAUAUACGGAAUUCAGCGCUAGUAAGGCGGCGUUGAAUAUGUAUGCUAAGCACUUGGCGUGGAGAUUGGAGAAUGCAAAGGAAGUCAAGAUACUAGGAGACACGAAGGGAGGGCAGGAGACUAAAAAGUGGAAAGUCAAUGUAGUUUGUCCGGGGUAUACGUCGAAGACGGCGGGGGGGUUGGAUAGUUUCAGGGGAAAGCAGGAGCCUUGGGAGGCGGCGGAGACGGUGGUGAGGGUUGUGCAGGAGCAAGGAGAGAAGACGGGGACGUUUAGGGAUAAGGAGGGGGAGGUGCCGUGGUGAUGGGUACCUCACAGUAAGUAGUGUGGUGGUGGUGAUGGUGGUGAUGGUGAGGACUGCGAUAUGGGAGAUGGGAGUGUGGAUGA